AUGCCACCGAGACCACGAUUUAAAACCCUGGCGUUAAAAGCAUUUUCGAAUGAUAAAAGCCACCAGCUUAUCACUGGUGAUGAUGCAUUGGCCCCCAAUUGGAAUGAGCUUCUUGUUGACAACGUUACGAAUCUGGAACCAAAGACGGCAUAUCGGGUGGCAAAACCAUGCGCGACUGUACCUGCACAGAAUCAACAGCUUCCUUCUCCAUCUGUAGAAAGUCAAAGUGUUGCAAACUCCUCUUCAUCAGAAAAUAACGCCCCAGCUAAAUCACGAAUGCGGUGGACACCAGAACUUCAUGAAGCCUUUGCUGAAGCUGUCAACCAAUUGGGAGGCAGUGAAAAAGCUACUCCAAAGGGCGUGUUAAAGCUUAUGAAAGUUGAAGGCUUGACUAUUUAUCAUAUUAAAAGUCACUUGCAGAUAUGGAAAGUUAUAAAAGAGAAUAAGGAUCUGGAUCUUCCUGCUCACAAGGUAAUGGUGGCCACUGUUCGUUGUGAAGAGAUUGCCAAUGAGAAGUUAUUUCGCUUAUCCUCUGAUGCGGAUUGGUUAGCAUUGGAAGAAGCUGUUCAAUCUAGGUCAGUAUCUGGUUUUGGGAGAAAGCUGAGUACUAUCCUAGAAACCCACUUUUCAGAAUAUGACUCAGAGGCAAUCUACUUCGAUGAGGGUGUAACAAAUGCAAAACGGAAACAGCUGGAGUCAAAAGCUUUGGAUGUAAGUUCCGUUUGCUUCUACCACUUUGAUGCUUAUUUUGUUUCAAAAGCUUGA